UCAACUUUACUGUGAUAACUACCUAUUUUGAAAUCCAACGGAUUUGAGUCAGUUUCAACUUGGAAAUAGAUAUUAAAAUAAAAUAGUGCCUGAAUCUACCUGAUAUUUACUGCCUGAAGCACGCUCGGGGAACGAAAUUUAUUAAAAUGGAUGUAAACCCUCUUACUCCUAAUAAAAUACAAAGACUUAUACAUUUAGCGGAGGACAGAUCUUUUAAUAUCCCUCGGCGCUUGAUGCUAAAUGAUGAUGAAUUGAGCAGGUUGGUUUCUCAACCUGCUGGCCCAGACAAAUCUGCAGCAAACACAAACACAUCAUCUGGGAUUCUGGACUUGGAGAGAGUUGAAGGAUUUGGUGAUUCUGUUCUUGGGAAUUUUUCAUUGAGCAAAUCAACUGCCUUUAAUCCUGGUGAGAUGACAGGGAGAUCGACUGGAGCCCAGGAAUUGGAAACGAAACCCCUCAGCACUACCCAGACAUUGGACCAGCAAUAUGGUCGACAUUCCAUCGCCCUCGACAGCAUAGCCAAUGAGAUGGAUAAGCAGACUAAUGAAGUCCAUGAUAUCAUGAGACAUUCCAUUGCUACUGAUUUUUCUUUUCAUUCAAAGAGAGACUUAACAGCUGAUGAGUCAUCAUUCAUUAAAAAGGAAGCACCUUUACCAGUACCCUCUAAUCAGCAAACAAACUUUGCAGAGAGCAUGGUUAGCAAUAAUACAUCAGUAGGAGCUUAUUUUCAGAAUAGAUGUCCAGAUUUCGGCAAAAUCCUAAGAAAGACUGAUAGUCCUGACAGAUCUUACGGACUCAGUAUUAGUGAAGUAUCAACCAGUUACCAGAUGGGUCCUCUGGGACAUUCCACCCAUUACAAAAUGGACAAUACGCUGGACAGUGUCCCUGUCAAACAGCCAAAGAUUCCGGAAAAUAUACCUGAAAAAAAUGUCCUCAACACUUUGAACAACACAAAAACAUUGGAAAAGAAAACUAACUUUGAUUCUAAAAAAGAUAUUCAGAAUAUUUUCAGUGGAAAAUUAGGAAAACAGGAUAAUACCAACGUGAACAAAUUAAUGGAGAAACCGUUGUACACCAGAGCGAGUGAGAAGUGUGCGGCGGGCGGCGAGCUGCUGCGGCGGCUGGAGCUGGCGGACGACACGGAGGGGGAGGAGAACUCUUUGAGCAUUUCCAAGAUCCAGGACUUUUUGGGAAGACAGUCUACCACAAAUGUGAGUGUAUCAGACAUGUUGAAGCUGAACAGAAAGAAGAAGCAGCCACUCGCCGAACUGCAAAUGAACAUUCAAGAUCCCAAAUCCACCAACGAAGUCCACGUGACACUCCUAAAAGAUACUAAAAACACUGCCACUGCCAGCACAGCUGGUAGUGUUAAUACUGUGAUAUCUGUCGACAGAGUGAAGGGGAAUAUUGAGAAGGAAGUUCCAGCUGUUUUUGUCACAGCUGAUACACUAAAUUUUAACGAAAUGAAAAAUGCUUUGGAAGACGAUCUUAAAGAGAAACCCAGGUCUGUGAGGUCAAGAUCUCCGUCCAGCAACAGUCAGUCUACUCUGAGCACCGUUCAGGAUAACUAUGCCAGCUUCAAGUCUAAUGAUAGUCACUUGCAUUCAAGUAAAGGCGACGCCCAUAUCCCUUCCCCCACUAGCGAGUAUAGGGAGUUAGAUAAGUCAGUAAACUGGCACGAGUUGCUGCGCCAUAGGCACUUGAGAGAGUCCUUGGCUAAAGAUCAAUGGGCCGAUAUUACGGUUUCUGCAGCUAAAGGAUAUGUCGGCGUAAGCUGCCCCGUCAUUAUAACGACCACAAUCCUAACAGAGACAUGGUUGACAGCCAAAUUUCAGUUCGACGAUCUUCCCAACGACGGCAAAGACCUCACUAUUGAGUUGCCCCGGUUUCCCUUGCUCCUGUCCCCGGGGAAAUCCGAACAGUUCACCAUACACAUCAUUUCCAACGUUGAAAUGACCACAUCACUACCAUUCUCUAUGUAUUUAAAGGAUGCGUCUAUAGAUUUAGAUAUAAUGCAAAAGGGAAGUAUGGAUAUUGAGGUUAAAAUGCCGGUUAUUCAAGCCAUGUCGAGCGAUGGUAUCAACAAAGUGACAUUCCCGCCCAUUCAAGAGAAGGCUGUGUUAACAAAAGCAUUUGUUCUCAUAAGCGAUUGUGAUGUGGAUUUGCAAUUAGAUUUGUCUGUCGUAGAAGGGGACAGUUUGUUCACUAUCAAAAAUGUUCAGGAGAUAAAGAAAUGUGAUGUGAAUAAGGUGCUGAUGGAUCGGCAGGGGUCGACGGAAGACGCGCAGGGAAAGGCGAAAAAUAAGAAUAUGAACAAACAGUUAUGCAGACUUACUAGUGGGAACGCUAUCAGAGUUACUAUAAUGUUCAAAGCGCCUAAGUUAUCAGACAUACAACUGCCGGAUGCACUGGCUACUUUCAAUGGGGCUUUGAUUGUAAACCUCUAUGGGCUCAACAUAAACCUCAGGAAGGUAGAUCUUAUCGCUUCUGUGGGUUCGGUCAAGUUGAUGAUAAAGUCGGGAGUUUCUCCUGGUAAUAAAUUGGAGCUAAGCAGCGAACCAAUUAAAAUAAUGUUAUGUAAUGCUGGCACAAUCCAAGGCAUGUGGUUUAUAAAAAUAGGAAUGGCGAACAUGUCCGGUCAUAAUAAAAUACCCUUUAAAAUUUCUCCCUCCAAGUUUGAUUUAAGUCCUCGGGACACUAAAGCUAUAACUUUAGCAUAUACGGGACCCGAAGACUGUGUCACAGAAGCAAUUCUGGCCUUCGAAGACAUGGCCAGCGGUAACAAAACGAAGAUCGAAAUAAUCGGUGGUUCAGAGAAAUUGAAGAUAUUUCCUAUAAAGUGUAAUUACAACGUUAUGUCUUGGGUCCGUUCGGAGAGGAAAGAGCUCAGCAUGAGGAAUAUUUUGGAUAAGAAAGUUCAAAUCAGAUGUCAUAUAACUGGUGAAGGAUUCUCCAUAGAUUUGCCGGGUGGGGAACUGAAGGGGACCUAUUUGGUGUCCUUCAAUGCCAAUGAGUGUAGGCCGAUGCCGAUUUUGUUUAAUCCGAAUUCGAGUGCUCCUCAAAAUGCCGUGCUUCAUUUAGUACAUGAUAAGAACAGCGAGUUUUCUAGAGCUAUACGUCUGUACGGGUGUGCGAACGGCGAGCCUAUUCGCUGGAGCGGACUCGUGACGUACGGCGACACGGCGCUGGUCCGUGCGGCCGUGCGCCAGCCCGUGGAGUUAGGGCUUUAUAACAAGGGCAGCACGGCGGCCUUCGUCUGUGCCAGGGUGCAUUUCAACCUCCAGUUCAUGUUCGCGCAGUCGUCGUGCGAGUUGUCGGGCGCGCGGCGCGUGGUGGCGGCGCGCGCGCGGCACGCGCUGCUGCUGCGCCCGGACUGGCCGCGUCUGCAGCGUCGCGCGCGCGCCCGCCCCAGCGCCGGGCUCGCGCUCGCCGCGCUCCGCGUGCUCGUCGGCGCCGAGACCACCCGUCGCAGGAUACUCAGGUUGCUUCGCAAUGAGUCGGGUGAAAUAGACACCAGCCUCUUGCCCGUACAUUUGAAAGAGCUGGCGGAACCGUUCGAGGGUGAGGAUCCGCAUUUGGACGAGGAAUUAGCACAUUUCAAUGAGACUAAGUCGUCAUUAAACGAGUUGCUAAGUGGGCUGCACGAGCUGACAGCUCAGAUCGACCUGCCGCAGGACCUGGCCGACAGCACCAUUCUCAUCAGUGACGAUACCCUUGUGGAGCACCACACUCUUCACGAUUAGGCUCGGACCUCAUUGCUAUUAAGGUACAAAAAUUAUGUUUUUAUCCUAUCAUUCAUAAAAAAGUUAUUCUUCAUGUCAGUGUCAGUCAGUGUAAGUGUCAAAUAUUGGUGCGAUAGUGGCAAAAAACAUUAGUUAAUUAUACUUUGCCUUUUCCAUUAAUAAAAGUUUAUUUAAAUCGGCCAAUAGUAUUAACAAAGUAGAAGUAGAAAUGGUGAAAUUUUAUAAUAUGAAAUUUUAUAUGGUCACAAAGUUCUGCUGUGCAAAUUGUGAUUUAUUCGAAUUGAUAUUUAUCUACUUAUAAAUUACUAACAUCAAUGAAGAUUAAUAAAUAUUUAAAAAAGUACGGCUUCAUUAAUGAUUUUCAUUAUUAAUUAUGGGCUUGUUCGAAAAAAUAUUUCUCGAUUUAAUUUCUCAUGUGUACUAAUUUAAUUAAUUUAUAACCACUAAAUAAUACAAUAUUAGUUUAGAAUAUGUAUUAGUAGUUAGUAUGUAGACAGUGUUGUAGUUAAGUAGUGAUAUGUACUUUUUAUAUGAAAUUUAUAUUAGGAUCCUUGUUAUGUUUAUAAAUGGAAUGGUGAUGCAGGCGUGAAAACAUAUGAAUGUAACCCCGUAUUUUAAAAUUAUCACAAUACUGUAAAUUAAGUCUGAAAUAUUACUUGAUACUCAUUUUAUAUAGUGAUAUCCGUCCAUCUAAAAAAUAUUAUUCUGAAGGCUUUUGUAAAAAUAACUUGUGUAGUAUAAAUAAAAACAUAUUUUUAAUU